AUGGGAACUGGAGCCUCUGCCGCAACUGGGAUGGCAGCAGCGGUGAACAAGAUGGAGGAUGCUGAACUGAUGGGUGUUGUGGAAAACCUGGACAACGACACCUGCGAGGUCAUCCAGAAGGCCAUCAAUGCCAAGCUUGUCGUUCCCAGCGAAAUGAUGAAUGCAAUCUGGAAAUGGGACAAGUUCAGUGUGAAGAACCAUUUGCUAGAGCAGGGGGUGAAGUGCGAGUGCUCAGGAAAGGAGCUCCUGAAGGGAGAAGGCAAGUUUGAAAGUGCUGAAGACGAGGCGAAGGCAGACGCCUUCAUCAAGAAGACGGCGCUUGAGUUUAUGAUGGAACAAGUGACUGCUCACAGGCCAUUUGUGCCACCAGCCUCAGCGGCCCAGCAUUGUGUCUAUUUGUGGGACUAUGACCAGACGGUGGAUUUCUUGCAGGAAGACAACAUUUGCUACCGCGCAAUGCCUGGCAAGAAGUUGCUCCUCUCUGGCAACAUGGAGAAGUCUCAAUUCAGCGAGGAGGAAUGGGAGAGCACUGUCGAAAGGUUGGGAGUGAAGGCAAAGGAGUUCAUGGUACAGCUUAAGAAUGAGGGUUGGUUUGUGCACAUAGGCAGGCGCUGCGUGGCGGAAGGAAUUCAGCAGGACCGAGACUUGUGCGCGCAACAUCCUGAACGCGAUGGCUUCAAGGGGUCUUUUGGCUCCGGCUCCCAUGCGGUGUGCCUGGAUGUGAACAAGUGCAUGGCGCUUUGUGAUGCUACGGAGGGCUGCUUCGCGGUGGAGAUGUCACAGAUGGUGAAUCGCUGCGAGCUGAAGGGCUUGGACUGCCUAGACCAUGACCAGUGGCGGCUGAGCACAACCAAUCUGCUGGUCGUCGGACGGCUCCAGUUUCCAGGGAAUCCCCCGUGGCGGCAUCAUCACGCACAUGGCAUCAACGAGGCGCAUGUGGCCAACUGCUCCCCUCACAAUGCAGAGCGAUGCCCGGAAGCUUGGAGCAGAGCGGGCCACCCUGGCGGCUUCCAUUGCCUGAAAAAGCUGGAAAAGCAGCCAUCUUGGCUGGCUUACCUGAGGUCAGACGGUGCCUGUCGACCAGCCAGUGCUGGACCGUUUCCGUACGAUGACUGCCAUGAGCAGUGCCGCAUUGUGAAUGCCCACCGCUAUGCUCACUGCUCUGAUCACAGUAUGCAAUGUCCACAAGAAUGGACGAAACCGGGCAACCCCGGCGGCUGGCAUUGCCUUCAGAAGCUUGUCUUUCAACAUUCCGUGGAGGCGUACUUGAGGUCGAACGGUGCUUGCAGACCGGCCAGCGCUGGACCAUUCCCCUAUGAUGACUGCCACGAUCAGUGUCGCAUUGGGAAUGCUGGUGUUGAAGACGAUGUUGGUGAGGCCUGGCACGAGUCGCCACCAAAGGAGAUGGUCGUCAAAGAUGCUCAUCACGUGAAUGGACUGGAGGUCUUGCUGGAUGCCUCUAACCUGCUGGCACACUCUGCCCAAGCGUUGGGAGAGGUUGAUUUGGAGCGGGCGGCCAGCACCAUGCGCUUUGGCUUGGCCGAGAUCGAUCAGCAUGAGGAUUCUGACGGCCAUUCGAGCGAUGGCUACAAGUACAGCGGCAUACUGGCAUCGCAGUCUGGCUUCAGCUGUUCGCUCUAUUUGGUACCCUUCAAUGCGGACCAUGUGGGAGUCUUCGACCUUGCGAGCCAGACUUUGAGGACCGUGGACAUCUCGGUCUCAGGGGAGUUCAAAUACUCCGCAGGAGUGAUCUACAACGAGGUGGCCUACUUCGCCCCCUAUGGCGCCAACCAUGUGGGGAUUUUCGACCUGAAGAGUGAGCACUUCGGAAAGCUGGCGGUCCCUAGCUCGGCAGAAUGCAAGUACAGUGCCAUUCUGAGCAAAGACUCCACUGCCUACUUGGUGCCCAGCAGUUCGGCCCAUGUAGGUGUUCUGGACAUGGCCCGUCGGAGCUUCAAGACCAUUUCUAUCCCCGACACGGGCAUUCGAUGGAAGUAUCGAGGAGGGGUCCUGCACAAUGGGAAGUGCUACUUCGCCCCGUACAACGCCGAUGACAUCGGGGUUCUGGACAUCGCCUCGGAGGCGUUUCACGCCGUGGACAUCUCCUCCACGAUCAGCAUCGACACGAAGUUCACUGAUGCCUUUGUGAGGGAUGAGGUGAUCUAUUUCGUCCCUUUCAACGCAGAUGGCGUGGGGGCGCUGCACCUGGAGAGCCACCGCUUUGAGCUGCUGCAACCUGGGAACUUUGCCGCACAGAGCUUCAAGUUUUGGGGUGCCAUCCAGGUGGGAAGCUUGACCUACUUUGUUCCGGACAACUCCAAUGCAGUGGGUGUCUUCAAGGCCGACGCCCAGGAGUAUGUCGAGGUCGACAUCAGCAGUAAGAUCUCUUCAGCUUUCAAGUUUGCGACGGGCAUUUUCUUCAACGGCGUCCUGUACUUUGCCCCGAGGAAUGCUCAGAGCAUUGGCAUGCUGGAGGUGGGCCGAGCCGACCGAGACCUUUGCACAAACAGAGCGGAAGCACCGGAGGCGGCCGUGGCCGUCGCCCUUCCGCACCUCUCCGACGCCGCAGAUCCCAGGUCGUCCUGGGACGAGGUGUGGGAGUGGCCAAGGAUUUUGGAGGGCGUUGUGGUGAUCUUCUUCGCGUUGCUCGCCACAGAGCUCACACGUCCCACCUGGUCAGAGCAAGUUGGCUCUGCUCUGCAGUCCUUGUUGUGGAGCAUCGUAGCCACGAUGAUCUCGGGGCUCCUCUUCUUCGUGCUACGAGGCCUCCUGGAUUUUGGUGCCAAGCCGUUCUGGGUACAGCUUUGGCCGGCCGCAGCUUUCUUCCUGGCUUUAUGGUUACUUUUCCAGGUGAGCCUCACCAUGCCCCAGCGUCAGCAGCAGGAAGAUGGCAGGAGACUUGACCUCGUGGAGAUCUCAGGCACAAUGGCCAGUUUGGCCGCAGUGGAUGCAGGUAGUGCCCUUCUGCGGGAGUGCAGGACCUGCAUUCAGGCAGCUGCUGCACUGAUGCUUUUACAGGUGUUCCUGCUGGGCGGCGAUGUGCUCGCAGGGUGCCUUGCGAGGGGCCGACGGUGGCGGGCUGACCACCGGUCACCACUUCCAGUGCCUCUGGCACUGCUCUCAGUGGAGGUCCUAUCUCUCGGCCUGCUGGGUCGUUUGCAGCCAGAGGCUUUGCUGAACCGCCGGGGCAUUUUGCAGGAUGGCUUGGGAGCUUUGACACCAGCGCUGGGCUUUGUCCUCCUUCUCUACUCCCUGAGCUGUUUGCUUUUUGCUGCCGCCCAGAUGUUGGAGCUCCGCCAGGCCCGCGAGAGCCGUGAUAUUGCCCAGCUGGCGGCGGUCUGGGGGGCGCUCCGUGCCACAAGGUGGUUAAUGAAGAUUUGCGACUUCCAGUGGCCAGGACACCGCUUCCUCUUCUGCUUUGUGCUCACCGCCACAGCUGUGCUGCUGUCCAGAUAUGACAGCCACAACAGCAGGUUGGCCAGCCUUGCGCGGAGCAACAGCGCGCCGGUCUUGGGCGCAGCGCUGGGUCUCCACUGGCUCUCUUCUGUGCUGUUGGCGGUGUCUUCGCAGCUCCACCUCCUGGGCUUCCUGGGUGCCUGGCUCCAUCCAUCACCGCCGCGUGUGCCCUUUGCGCCGCUCUGGUUGAUCGUAUGCCUCUUGGUGGCCCUGCUGCUGUUCAAAAUCAAAGCCAGGAGCAGUGGUGAAGGUACACCAGCCAGCAGGUACCGCCGACAGCAGCAGAAGGAAUUCACUGAGUACCGCAGGCAGCAACAAAAGGAUUUCGAUGGCCAAGAAGACCCCGAGAGUCCGCUGGGCAGCUCUCCCAACAGGUUUGAUGGGCAGCUGCAGGAAGAGCUCAGCGAGGGCCCCCAAGGUUCGCCCGACAGGUACCAUAGGCAGCUGCAGAGAGAGCUCAGCGAGAGCAAUGAAGGUGACGCUGCCCGCACCACGGAUGCUGCAGACGGCCAUGGGACCGGUGGGUUGGAAGCAUCACCAGGUGGAUCAGCUGAUCCAUCACCCAGGAGGGACGCGGAGAAAGAGCUCCAUGGCGAAGGGGGACGCCACACCGGGGAGGAUGCUUCGCGCGAGCGGGGAGAUGGUGAAGGCGAAGGCCGAUGA